AUGAGUAGCUGGCCCUGUGCUGGAGGAAAUCCAAUCCAAGUUGCGACGCUGGCCAGGACAUCAAGCAUCACAUCGUCUGAAGGCCGUCUCGGGAUCGCGCUGGCCUGUUGGAUGCGCGCCAGUACGUUGUCCACAGCCCCGACGGGACGCGUCAGUGGCUUCCGCGCUGCCGCGCCUGCGUAAAACCAUCCCACUGCGAUGCCGGCCCCGCACACACCCUCCUAUUCCCCCUCUCCGGCCUUAGACUCUCUUCCUCAUGUCGUCUGAGACCGUCCAUCUCCUAGUGCUGGUCCACGGUAUGUGGGGCAACCCCAGUCAUCUAGACAGCCUACGCAAAGGGAUCAAGGAACGCUACAGCCAGCCGGACUGCCCGAAAGGUCCAGAUGGCGAGCAGCUGGAAGUGUUGCUUGCUGAAACGAACCAAGACGAGCACACAUACGACGGUGUCGACUGGGGAGGAGAGCGCGUAGCUGAGGAGAUCCUUGCUGCGGUUAAGCGACUGGAAGACACCGGGAAGAAAGUCACUCGCUUCUCCAUGACGGGUUACAGUCUCGGCGGGCUGGUCUCUCGCUAUGCGGUCGGCAUUCUCCACCAGCGAGGGUUCUUUGAGAACGUCGCCGCAGUGAACUUCAACACUGUCGCAACACCGCACAUAGGACUGCCUAGAUAUCGCACCUUCAUUUCCUCGGUCGCCUCUUUCCUGGGACCCACAUUGCUCUCACGAACUGGAGAGCAGUUCUGGGCUGUCGACAAGUGGUCACCGCGCGGACGGCCCCUCCUAGAGGUUAUGGCGGAUCCGGACCGUGUCUUCUACCAAGCACUCUGUCAAUUCCAGCAUUUGCGCAUAUACGCCAAUGCUGUUCACGACCUGACUGUGCCGUACCCUUCGGCCGCCAUAGAAGCGGACGACAUAUUUUACGAGCACAUGACCAAUGGCAUAGACAUAGAGCUAGACGAACAAUACGCCCCUUUAAUCAAGUCGUACCAUCUUCCCGACACUCCGCCACCACCACCCAUCGUUCCAAAGCCCCUUACGCGGGAAUGGUUCACCAACGUGCGACUGCCUUUACCGCCUGUUCUGCAAUUCAAGUUCCCGUACAACAUCCUUGUCUUCGUCGCUCUCCCCUUCAUCAUGCCGCUCUUCCUCACGCUCGUGCUUACGCGCCUCACGCUUUCCAUGCGCGCGUCUCGCCGGCGUCUGCGACUGCUCGAGAAGGAAGAGUCUUCUGUCGAUCGCCUGAUGCACGUCAUCGCUAAGCUCGAACGCAACAUGGAGGACACCAUGGCCGAUAUGCUCGACGGGCCCGCUUCCCCGGAACCACCUCUCGCAGAGGAAUCCUCAUACAGCUCCGCCCCACCGAAGGCCAUCCUGGCCACGCCCGAAGGCGAGAGCUCUGCGCUGGAGAACGGGGAGAGGCCCGCGAAGGCGGAGCGCGUCGAGUCGGUGACGGUGUCGCACCCGAGCGGGCGGCCGCCGACGGUGCUGAUGACGGACCUACAGCUGCGGCUGGUGCGGAUGCUGAACACGCUGCCGCACCUCAAGAAGGAGAUCGCGUUCAUACACCCCGUCCAGAACGCACACGGGCCGAUCAUCUGUCGCGACCCGAAGCGGUUCCCGAGCCACAAGCUCGGCGAGGGCGUCGUGCGGCACUGGGCGGACCACUUCAUCUUCUGAAGGCAUGUUGGGUGUACGUCUCUGUUUGGCCUCUAUGUACGCGGAAGUUCAUUGGCUGCGACGAGCGUGCGAGCGUGGC